AAGCGGUCGUUCCUGCGCCGGUGCGCGGUGACGUCACCAGGCUGGGCCGCCGCCCGCGAAGUCAGGCUCCGGCCUGAGUCGGAGGGCGGGGGCGGCAGUCCUGUGCUGGCCCCAGUGACGAUGGCGGUGUUUCACGACGAGGUGGAGAUCGAGGACUUCCAAUAUGACGAGGACUCGGAGACGUACUUCUACCCCUGCCCAUGUGGCGAUAACUUCUGCAUCACCAAGGAGGAUUUGGAGAAUGGAGAAGACGUGGCAACGUGCCCUAGCUGCUCUCUCAUUAUAAAAGUGAUUUAUGACAAAGUAAGGGGCCACAUUUUAAAAGGAUCAGUUUACGUGUGGAGAAACAGUCCCAGCCCCUUCCACCAACAAAGAAUUAGUUAAAUGCUGAAGAGGACUUUAGGAAUCAAAAGCAUGAACUUUGGGAACUGAGCCAAGCUGGAAAAAUCAAAUGCAAAGUUACCGGCUUUUGUAGUUUGCUGCUCCAUUAGGGCAUGGACUCCUUCCAUCGGCCGCCAAGUUCAUCCUCAAAGAAGUGAGCCCACGUGGACAUGUUCUUAAUUUUCCAUCUGAAUUUAAAGGAAGAUAAUUUCAAAGCAGUGCUUUCUUCCCCUCCGUUGUGUUACGUUUUAUAUCUUACACACAAUUAUCUCAUUAUCUGCAAACAGCAUAUCUACCUCAAAGUCAUUCAGAUUCUUUAAUUUAAAAAAAUGGGGAUUUUAUUUUUUCAGUUUGUUAUUAAGAUGAUUAAAGUUAGCCCUUUGUCAUUUGACCUCAGCUUUGCGGUUCUAAACCAAAGAAAUUUUGUUGCCCCCUAGCUGGUCAGGACACACCAGUCCCUGAGGUCUGGCCCUCAGUCAAGUGCCUGUGUUCUGUUCAGUGUGCCAUUUCACUUAUGCCACAUACACUGAGUUCUGGUCAUGCUGUUAAAGAGGAGAUACACUGAGCUCAAUUUUUUUAGAGCUAAAAGUUAGUGAAGAGGAAAAGUCAAAAAGUGAAAUGGUCCGAGAAGGUGGAGUUUCGUUUCCAAGAUUCUGCAUGUUCCUUGAAAAUCAGGACAAGAGAAGCAGAAAAACAGACAAGGGAAGUGAAAUUGGUAACAGACUGAGAGAAGAAUAUGCCUGCUUCGCGAUUUAAAUGCUCGAGUGGGUUUGUGAAAUCAG